GGAAAUAGUGGGCGAAUUCGACUGGAGCAAAGCUGUGCAAGGACAAAUUCUUGGAGCCUUCUUCUGGGGUUAUCUUGGAAGUCAAGUUCUUGGUGGUUAUAUGGCUUCACGAUUUGGAGGCAAACGAGUAGUUCUUACUUGUAUAUUGGGCUCAUCUCUACUUACACUAGCUAGUCCUGUAGCAGCUCGUACGAGUCCUUAUGUUUUGGUGGCUCUCCGCGUUGCCAUCGGUUUUCUGCAGGGUGCUACAUUCCCUGCAAUGCAUACCAUGUGGUCGGUUUGGGGUCCUCCUCUUGAACUCUCCAUCCUUACUGGUGUAACUUACGCAGGAGCUCAAAUUGGAAAUGUGUUUGUGUUGCCAUUUUCGGGUUUCCUUUGUCAGUAUGGUUUUGAUGGCGGUUGGCCGAGCAUCUUCUAUAUCUUGGGGCUCAUGGGAGUGGUAUGGUGUGCUAUUUGGAUGUACGUGUCUUCUGAUAGACCUAUAAAUCACCCUCGAAUCUCUGAGGCUGAAAAGCAAUACAUUACAAAGGCUGUUGAAGAAAGUGUGGGAAAACAUACUGGCAAGCCGCCUGCCACACCAUGGGGUAAAAUUCUGACAUCGAGAGCCGUUUGGGCUUGCUGGUUUGGUCACUUUGCUGGCGAUUGGGGAGCUUACACCAUGCUUGUUUCGUUACCGAUGUUUCUGAAGGAUGUGCUAGGUCUCGAUCUAUCCUCGGUAAGUUUCAUGAAAUUUAUUCCUUUUCAAAUACCAUCUACCUACCUGUGA